AUGAGUAUAACAACUAAUUCAUUGAAAUCUUUAAAGUUCACUAAUUCAGAAUUAGAAAAUAUUUUAGAAAAUUUUGGAGACGGUUCUUAUCCAACAUAUAUGCAGAAUGUGAAAGAGUUUUCCAGAUUGUUGAAUGAAUUUAAAUAUAACGGACCAAUUACUAAAAAGGCUAUAAUGAGAUAUUUAUAUCCCAAAAAAGUUGAAAAACAGGAGAAUAUUCCUCUUUAUGGUCCAGAGGACCUGGGCUCAGAGAGCCUUGAAACACCUCCUGAAUAUUUUGAAGAAAAAAUUAAACAAGAUGAAUAUUAUAACGAUGAGAUUGAGAAAUUGGAACAAUUAAGAAAUGAAAUAGAUGAUAAAAUUAAGGAAUUGAGAAAUGCUGAGAAUGAAGUAGAGGGUUUAAUGAAUAUCCCAGCUUCAGAAUCAGAAGUUCAAAAAUCACAUGAGGAAAGAUAUAAAAAUUACUUUUUGGAAUCUACUAAAAAUUUAUUAGAUGGUGAUAUUGACGAAACACUUUCAGAAGAAGGCACAAAAUUUAUUCAUAAACAUAAGUUACAAUUUAUUGACGAUGGAGAUUAUCCAU